AUGCCAGAUGGUGUGUUUGAAAGAAAUAAUGCCAUUUCGACUCUCGCCAGUCGCCCUGGGAUCCUAGGAGCGUUGGUGCGCUUUUGGAGCCGGUCGUAUGCUGCGGACUAUGUGAGCUUGAUAUUGCUUUGCGUGGGAUUGAUAUUGAUCCAAAUAUGGGUACGACCCUUUAACCGCAUGUUCACGCUGGAUGAUGUUGCUAUACAACUCCCUUUCGCGCUGGUGGAGCGGGUUCCAUUUUUAUGGUCAAUCACAUAUGCGGGAGUGACGCCUUUGAUCAUCAUAAUCCUUUGGGCUCUGAUGAUUCGGCGGGAAUCUCACUUCGCCCAUGUAUCCGUGCUUGGCCUACUCGUCACUCUUAUCCUUACGUCCUUCCUGACCGAUAUCAUAAAGAAUGCGGCGGGUAGACCGCGCCCUGAUUUGCUUGCGCGCUGUCGUCCACAAAAGGGAACGCCCGCACAUCAGUUAGUUACCAGUGAUGUCUGUGGAGCGCCUGAAUCCCAUCAACUUGAUGAGGGAUGGAGAAGUUUCCCGAGCGGACAUAGCAGUUUCGCUUUUGGGGGGCUCGGAUAUCUUUUCAUGUUUUUCGCAGGCCAAUUGCAUGUUUUCCAGCCGCGAACAGGUCUAGCCUGCUUCCUUUUCGCUCUUUCGCCGUUAUUAGGUGCUCUGAUGAUUGCGAUGUCUCGAUUAGCGGAUUAUCGACACGACGUGUAUGACGUGACGGCUGGCGCAUUACUUGGGUUAUCGGUGGCAUAUUCUAUUUACCGACGCUAUUUUCCGACACUACUGUCGGUUGAUUGCCACAAUCCAUAUAACAGAACGAACAUACCACUAGAAGGCUUUCAUAGGGUCGCGCGGGAUGAGGAAGAGCGCUUGGUCAACGAUAGAGCCACUCGAAGUCCGACCAGGGAGUUUGGUCGGAGGGAUACAAUGCGGGAAAUAGAAUCUGGACGAGAUUGA